AUGCAUCUCCAGCAACACCGUUCGCUCCUCCCCAGCCAACCAGCUCGUGCUCCACCUGCAUGGACUCUCGUAGCUUCCUCUCUCACCAGUGCUGCUCGCUUUUCCUCCACCUCCACCUCCUCAUCCCCACCAUCCUCAAAACCCCCACACAAGCGGUCCUCCACUGCAGCCCCCGCUUCCUCCAGCCCAGCUCAGCGACCCCCGGUCAUCUGCUUCACCCGCCAGCAGCCGCUGCCUCCGCUUCCGCGGCAAUCAGCCGCCUUCCGCAGCGGCCUGCUGCUGGCUUUCUGCAUCUGGGCCGGUGCUGCGCUGUUUGCCAUCCACUACGGAAAGCAAAACUCAAACGUGACGCAAACGGUGAUGCACAGAGUCCAGCGGUCGCCGGCGGCGCGUUCGCUGCUGGGCGACAACAUCCGUUUCACGUAUCCGUUUCCCUGGGUGUCGGGCGCCAUUUCCAAACGCAAAGGAAAAAUCGACAUCGCGUUCCAUGUCACGGGGUCGCGCGCCAGCGGGAUCGUUCAUUACACCAGCAUAAAACUCGGCCCGGCCUUCAGCUGGCUCGAGGAAAAGUGUCUGCUCACUGUCGGCGACGAAGCCGUGCCAAUUGAUUAA